AGGAAGUGCAAGUCUCAACUUUUUAAAGUUUUUAUCGUAUAUAUUGAUCAAAGAUUCUAAAGAUACAUUAUUGAAAAUUGUAAGAAAGAUGGCAGAAGGGCUAUCUUCAUGCCUGCCUAUUGCGAUGAGGAUGGUGGGAGAUGCAAUCAGAUUGGAUUCGCAAAAUUGUAAAAAGGAGGCCUACUGCCAGUACCUUAGCUGUUGCAUCUACAUUUCUCAGAUACUGAAAGAUGAUGCAUGGGACAAAGAUCUAAAGCUUACCUACAACAAUGACUCCACAAAGCUUUUCAAGUUGAUACAGCAAUGCCAAGAACGGGCUUUAACGAUUAUAACAUCAGAAGGUUUACAACCAACCAAUAACCAACACACAGAGCAUGUAGCAACACCACCAGGAAGACCAGCUACUGGAACUUUACGUACUUCAUCUGKUCAUUUGCUCAACUUUCCUUCACCGCCAUCAUCUUCUUCACCCACUGCAAACUUGAGUAAUUCCAUGAAGCCAUGUCCUAGAGGCAAUUACCAAGACAGAAGACUAAUGGGRCACCAUCUGAGAGUUGCAAAAGUCAAUACCAGUAACACAGAUAAGACAUUGACGUAUUUAAGAAGAAUGUCUGAAAAUCUUCAAAUAGCAAAAGCAAGAGAAGAAGCUAUUCGCAAGAAAGUUUGGGAAAGACAGCAACGACUUCAACAGGAGGCAAACAGGCGAUUUGCUUCAGCAUCUGUUGAUUCAAAAGAGGAGCAAGAACAACGAGUUCUUUACACCAAAAUCUUAGAAUUUGAGCAAGAUAUGGUUUGGCCUCGUCAAUUGAGAGCAAAACUGAAGGAGUCACCUGAGGAUGCCACAUUAAUCAAACAUAUCAUUGAUAAAAUCUUCAGCUCUAAAGACCAUCCUCUUAAGCAGUUUCUUCUCCAAUACCAGUACCAUGUAUACAGGAAACUACUGCCAUUACUAAAAGAUGUAAAUUUUCCAAGCGAGAAGAACCUUAGUGCCGCUAGUCAAGACGACAUUUCUACAAGAACUAGUGAAACUAGUGAUAGCAGUGGUAAAGAUCUCAAUGGAGAAGAUGAAAACCAAGAAAUGGUUCCAAAAGAGAAAGAUAAUACUGAAAAAAGCUUAUCAGAAGAAAGGACUGAUGUCAUUAAAGAAUUGAAUGAUUUCCACAAUUUUGAAGACAAUAAUAUAGUAUUCAUAGAUAACACAGAAGAAAAUAUGUCUAAAAUGCAGAYCAAUGACAAUUAUACUGACAGUGGUAAUAAUCAACAAGUAUUCCUCCAAGAAGAUAUUAAAGCAAUUGUCAACAGUGUCAUAGCAGACAUUUUAGACAACGUUACAGAGUCGGCAGUAGAUAAGGAACUUAAAGACGUCCUCUCAGGGGAAAUGGAGGGCAGUAAUUCCAGUGUAACCAUCACWGACAAGGGACAGGAAUUACAGAUGUUAAAUGAAACUGAAUCAACCAAACAUCCCACUGAAUUUKCURAUGACUCAUGCCAGGAAAAUAAACCCAGCUCUACAACAGUUAUCAAUAACACAAGAAAUAAAGAAAUUAUCAAAAACAGAAAUCUCCWGCGAAUAAAGUCCUUUGAUGUAGAUUCAGAGUUUGAAAGCCUUGAGGAUGACAUGUUUGAUUCAGAAAGUAGUGAGAGUGAAGAAGAACAAGCYGAACAAUUAUCAGACAAACAGAGUAUUUUAUCAAAAUCAACCCAAGAAGACAAUGCAGCAAUACUUGAUAGAGGAAGUGAAAAUGAGGAUAGCACAGAUACUGAACGAACUGCCAGUGUAGAUCCAGUGAAAGAACAAACUGAGMCAAAAUUGUCAUAUGAAGAAGAUCUAGAAAUGACAAGAAAGCAGUUGAAUGAGAUCUUUGUGGACAUGCGGUUCUUCCUUGAAAAGCUCAAAGGUUUCAUCAUAUUAGCCUAUGAGGAGUUUGCCACACCAGUAGGUCAUGAUCAGUGCUAUGCUGCAGUAGAAUAUCCRUUUUUCCAACCACUGUGGCCAUUAUUACUUGGUGUUUUAAGGAGAGUAAACUUUGAUAAAGAAUUAUCACUUGGAGUUGUCAUGACAAAGAGAAUACACAAGUUACCAGCUGAAAUGGGUGUGAUUGAUCGCUUGUGUCUGUCAGAUCAGGAAUCUGUCAAGCUGACUGGGAACCAGUAUCCCUACCAAUCAGCUGUCGAUUUGCUUCAGAAAGUUGCAACCUCUAACUCUCCUCUAGAAAAGCUAGAUUACAUUGUUCAUGUGUUGCGAAGUAUCUGUCARUGUGUAGAGGAUUACUGGGAAAUGAAAGGAAAACCACGGCACUGCCCUGAGACCUCUAUGGGAUGUGAUGAUCUAUUGCCAGUCUUGACUUAUGUAAUAGUUCGAAGUGGAAUGGCACAACUUGUGUCUGAGUGUUUUGCUAUGGAAGAGUUCAUCCCGGAAGGAUAUCUAAUGGGAGAAGAAGGCUACUGUUUAACUACCUUACAAACUGCACUAUCAUACCUCGUCAACCUGGACUCCUCUACUCAACUUAGUGAACUUGAAGAAAAACCUGAWUCAAGCUGACUCAACCUACAAAUAUAUUAGCAAAUGAAUAUAAAUAAUGAUAGAUAUCCAUAAUCAAUUUUAUCAUUUUUCUGAGAAACUCUUCUAAUAUUAUAUCACAUUGUAGAAAUAGGCAACCAAAUCACUGGGAAAUAACGUACUUGAAGCUAAAUUUUAGAAUUGUAACUUUUACGAAUUGAGUUCACGUGACAUGUACGUACUAUGUGACCACGUGAUGCCCCACCCUAAAUAAGCAAAAAAGGUAAAAGAAAGGAAAAACUCGCUGUUGGAUGAUUUCAUUAAAUGAAAUAAAUAAUAAAUGAAUAAAAUUAUGCUUGAAGGAUAAUAUAAGGAACAUUGUCAGAACUUACUGUAAUCGAAAACGAUUAAAGGUCGACAGAAAWAUA